CAUCUGAAAGAAGAUAUUAAACUGUUAUGCGAGUAAAGACUUAUUCUAUUGACGCUGAGACAUCGACUUGGUAUUAAGGUUUAACAAUAGUCUUCAAUAAGCUAUUUGAAGGAUAUCUCAAGGAUAUCUAAAAUACUUAUCAAUACAAAAAUAAAAGAUGUCUAUAAACCCGGGCGGUCGGAGGCUGAAACAGUGGCUAGUUGAGCAGAUCCAGAGCGACCAGUAUCCGGGGCUGGUCUGGGAGGACGACAGCCGCACUAUGUUCCGCAUCCCCUGGAAACAUGCUGGGAAGCAGGAUUACAACCAGGAGGUCGACGCUUCUAUCUUCAAGGCCUGGGCUGUGUUUAAGGGGAAGUUUAAGGAGGGGGAGAAGGCUGAGCCUGCUACAUGGAAGACCAGGCUGCGGUGUGCCCUGAAUAAGAGCCCUGACUUUGAGGAGGUGGGAGACAGGUCCCAGCUGGACAUCUCUGAGCCCUACAAGGUGUACCGCAUCGUCCCAGAAGAGGAGCAGAAGACAGGUAAAAGUGCAGCAGCAGCUUUGACAUCUAGCCCUGGUGACAGUACUGACAUGGACUGCAGCUCUGCAGACCUGGAGGAGCUCAUCAAAGAGGUAAAACAGUCUUCCAGUGAUGAGUACCUUGGCAUCGUCAAGAGGAGCCACUCUCCCCAGGAGGAUGGCUGUAGGAUGCAGCCCAGCCCAGAGUACUGGUCCCAGGGCAGCGUCAGUGUCUUCCCGGGGCAUCAAGAUCCCUCGCCGAUGGGUUCUUUCAAUGCCGCCUUCUCCCAGAUGAUCAUUAACUUCUUCUAUGGUGGGAAGCUGAUGGACAGCGUGGUGACAUCUCAUGCUGAUGGCUGUCGUAUCUCUCCGGGUCAGCCUCCCUUGGUCCAGCACAGGUCCCCCUACGGUCUCCCAGACAGCCUGCAGAACGUCUGUUUCCCUCCCGCUGAACUCAUCGAGGUUGAGCGCCAACGCCAUGUCACCCGCAAGCUCCUGGGCCACCUGGAGAGGGGUGUGCUGGUCCGUGCCAACCGCGAGGGCAUCUUCAUCAAGAGGCUGUGCCAGAGCCGUGUGUUCUGGAGCGGGCUGGGGGGAUUGGGCCUCCACUACAGCCCUGGGGGGCCCUGCAAACUGGAGAGAGAUGCUGUGGUCAAGAUUUUUGACACAGGAAGGUUCUUCCAAGCUCUCCAGCUGUACCAGGAGGGCCAGCUUCCCGCCCCUGACCCCAUGGUGACCCUGUGUUUCGGGGAGGAGCUUCAUGACCUCAGCACAGCCAAGAGCAAACUUAUCAUCGUCCAGGUCACUCCAGUGAACUGUCAGCAGCUGUUGGAUGCAGUGAGCAUGCGUCGUUCCCAGUACAGCAGUCCUAACCUGGCGAUCCAGUCAGACGAGCUGCAGGCCGGGGAACAGAUGGCCCGGAUCUACCAGGACCUGUGUAGCUACACCGCCCCCCAGAGGGCAGCCUGCUACAGGGACAACAUGCCCAUCACCGCCUGAACAGAGCACCUUCCUUCACUCCCCCUCAUUGAUAUAACAAGAAAGGACUGACAUGACAUAUGGUGAAAUAUGUCACUAACAUACACUUCAGCCUCUCACAGCUUUUAGCCCUUGCUUACACCAUUCCAAUGCUUUUCAAUUCUUCAGAGCCAAUGAGCAAGAGCAUACUUUGAUGAAUGGAGAAAGAGAUGGGAUAGAGGAUCAGAACAAAGGCAACACUUGCAAGGUGUGAACUGAUAGGACCCAAAGCCUUGCAGCUUGGGUGUUACAGAGGCACUGUGUGUCACGAAAGGGAAGUACUAUACAACCGUAUUACAAAUGGUGCUGUAAAGGUAUUAAAGGGUUUACUCAUCAAAUGUACCACCCCAGUAAGUAUACCACAUGUUUCCCCCAAUCCAGAAGAAAAAUAGUUAAAAUGUAAUACAAUUCAGAAUAAAUAGUGUUUUGAACUAUUCUGUCUUGUAAACCUACUAUCAUCAAGGUUAUCACUAUUCAUUUUUAAACAACAUGUGGUUAAUUUACUACAGCAGUAAAGCUGAUUGAAUAAACCCUGAAGUGUUGAAUGUUAUAUUAGAAUUUGUGUGUCUAUCGACUGACUAGCUUUUGUGUGAUUUGUUUGUCAGAUUUCUCACUUGCUUUUAAUGUAUUUUUAUUAUGGAAAAUAUGAUUGAUAUUCAAUCCAAUACGCCAUACUAGUCAUCAUAUCAGAGUGUAUAUACAUUUAAACAUUUUAAAUCAAGGGCCAGUAUAACUGUAAAAGGAAGGCAGGACAUUUAGCUACCAGUACACCAGAUUACCUAUUUUCUUUAUAUGUAGAACAUCCUAAACUUUUAAAUUUGUUCUAUUUGUACUGUAGAAACAUACUGUAGACGUACUGUAGAAACAACAUUUUCAUAUACUGUAUGAGAGAUUUUAACAGCAACAUGAUUGCUUGGAUUGUAUUUGAUAUAGAUAGGUUUUACUAUCGUAUUCUGCCCACUGUUUUACUCUCUCUGAAUAAAUUUUUCAAACUUUGAAAUAAAUA